UGGGCUUUGAGGAACUUACAAUUGUAAUGGGGAAGCAGGAGAUGUAACCUUAGUGCAACUGCAGGUUAAUAUCGACUAAUGUUGCUGUAAGAGAUCAGCAAGGUGUACGUAAUUGUCUUUUUGAGAGAUUUUGCUAUAUUGGAAGUAUUUUCACUACUAUUAAUCAUUCUGCAGAAAUUUGCCAUAAUAAAUUAUACCAUUUUAUACCAAAUUGUACUUGACUGUGUGAAGUGCCAGCAGCAGUUAUGCGGUCAAAUGGACAGCGGGGGGAAGAAGGCAGCACAAUUAUGAUGAAAUGCAGCGAGCUGGCUCUGUAAUUACAAAGCAAACUGCUGAUCUGUAGUGAGAUAUUCAGCUCUUAUGGGACGGCUGAAUCAGAUAGGAAAUCUGUGGGGACCGUUCCUCCCGGUGUAAAUAUGUACAGUAUAUCCUCUUUGUACAUGCUUUGAAGUAAAGAUUUCAUCACAAACACGCAGUUCUAGACUUGCUUUCAUUAUAUCCCUAUUAGACAAAUCUAUUUUACAUGCUUUUAAUUUGAAAAACAGCUCAAAUUCAUCUCAAAUUGUGUUUUCCUUGCAGACUUUAAAAAUAGCAAUGUCAAUAAAAUGACAGAUUUCUGACCACUGAAUGUUGUCCAGCCAGUUGUAGGUUGUACGAAUUGAAAUAUAGGAGAAUAAAAGCACUAUGGCCAUUAGUGGAAGAAAGCCUUAAAUCCCUUAAGUGUUUCUUCAGUCGGAAGUAAAAGCAUCUCAUUGAUUUUAUUCAAUGCCAAGUGUGUGUUACUUCUUCUGUGCCUUGUCACCUUUAAUCAGCUCUAAUGUUUACAUUAUGUUCUCACUUUAGAUUCAUUUUAAGUUUGAUUACACUGACCACUUACAAUUUGGUCUGAGAAUCAGAUUUUAAAUGCUUGUGGCUUCUUAUGAAACUAAUAAGCUGCUAGACUCGAGCAGAAAAGAGAAGUCACAGGUCUGGUAAACUUUCUUCUAGGUCAAUCCCCCCCAACGCAUGCUGACUCAAAUGACCUCACUUGAGGCAGAGACGCCGCUCCUGGAGGCAUUAUCAUUUUCCCCCCCUUUAGAUUUAGAGAAAUCUUUAGAAAAUAUCAUUUUGUUCCACUCUUACAGUUACUGACACUGAUCUGAGAAGAGUGGUGGUGGAGUGACUGAAGUAGAGUCUGUAGUGAGUGAUCUCCAUGAGGAGGGGAAGAAUGCCAUCAAUGCUCCCAUGCUUCCCACAGGGACAGAAAUCCAUCCGGAGGACACACUGAUGGAGGAAAAUGCAGAGAGGAUCAUGUUGGACCCAACAUCGCGGGAGAAUCUUAAAUUUAAGGAUCUUCUGAAGGUCCUGAUAGACUGGAUCAACAGUGAGUUGGAGGAAGACAGGAUCAUUGUCAAAGACCUGGAGGAGGAUUGUUACGAUGGACAAGUUCUCCAGAAGUUAUUUGAAAAGUUGUCAGGAAGGAAGCUGAACGUGGCUGAGGUGACUCAGUCCGAGAUCGGCCAAAAGCAGAAGCUGCUGACGGUUUUGGAGGCCGUCAACGAAAUGCUUCGGCCUCAUGGCUGGACCAUUGAGUGGAGUGUGGACUCUAUCCAUUCAAAGAACCUGGUGGCGAUCGUCUACCUGCUGGUGGCUCUGGCGAUGCACUUCCAGGCCCCAAUCAGACUGCCAGAGCAUGUUUCUGCGCAGGUUGUGGUCGUCAAGAAACGUGAGGGCAUCCUGCAGACGGCUCUUGUGACCAAGGAGCUGACGAGCACCACAGAAAUGAUGAUGGGAAGGUUUGAGAGAGACGCGUUUGACACUUUGUUGGAUCACGCACCUGACAAGCUCAACGUUGUUAAAACGUCUCUCAUCACGUUUGUGAACAAACACCUGAACAAGCUGAACCUGGAGGUGACUGAGCUGGAAUCUCAGUUUGCUGAUGGCGUCUACCUGAUAUUGCUGAUGGGACUGCUCGAAGACUACUUUGUCCCUCUGUACAACUUCUUCCUCACUCCUGAGAGCUUCGAACAGAAGGUCCACAAUGUGGCGUUUUCCUUUGAGCUGAUGCAGGAUGGAGGCCUGAAGAAACCCAAAGCCAGACCAGAAGAUGUUGUCAACCUGAACCUCAAGUCCACCCUCAGAGUCCUCUACAACCUUUUCACAAACUACAAAAACUCUGAUUGAACUUUUCCAGUUUCACCCCCCUGAUAUUAAUUCUGAACGCUGCUCUGUGCCUGUGCUGAUAUUAUGCGUAGCAGUCUGGACACUGCAGAACCCCAACCGGGACCCACAAUGAUGUGGGACUUAAACGACCCAGGGAAGAAGCCGGAAAAGGCCCUGAAUGUUAGUCAUUAAUCUUCCCCAAAUGUCAGUAUUUAUUUAUUCCUUUUUUUAAAUAUUAAAUGCAACUUAGAAAACCCUGCAACCUUUCAGCCUUUUAAAUACACAACCGUCGCAGGAUAAAUAAAUGAGGGCCGACUGUUUAAACAUUUGUGUUAAACUGAUAACUGAAAAUACUGUUAUAUAUUAAAUAGUAUCUAAAACACAUUUCUGUAAAUAUUAAAAGUAUAGUUUGGGAAAAUGGACCUAUUCGUUUUACUGCCAAGAGUUUGAUGAGAAGAUCGAUAUCACAAAAUGUUAAGCUAAUGUAAGAGCCAGAAGCGGCUUCGUCUCUACUGAAAUUCUGAGUUGUUAUGGCAGACUAUCUUAGUAUUAAGUAAGACAUAUAUCAAAGAGUCAAAUUCUUGUUGUAACUCAUUACCAAAUACACUUUUACUUGCUGUUUUUUGUAUGAUUAGUGCAGAGCUGUUUCCCUCUGCUAUAUUUGUUAUGCUAGGCUAAGCUAACUGUAGCUUCAUGUGUGUGGUGAGAAUUGAUCCUCUCGUGUUACUCUUGAUAAGAAAGUAAAUAAGUAUUAUUUCCUCUUUCUAUUCCUUUAAGAAACUUGAAAAUGCGAUGUGUUAUAUAUUAUAUGAUAUCUGAAAAUGCUUUGUUUGUAUAUUACUACAGCUAUAUAUACAUAUAUAUUUGCUUUUACUUGAUAACUGAGGUAAGAAUGAUCCUUCUUUCUCUGACCUAUGCACAUCACUUUUCAAGCCGUAAGAGCUGCUGCUGUUUUGCCUUAAGUGCUGUGCGCUCUCUCAGCCCCAGGAGAGCCAGGAGUCAGAGUACCUUUGUAUUGACCCAGCCUUUUCAUACAAGUCUCCGAGGAGGUCUGGACCCUCACUCGGCUCUCCUGAAGCAGAGCCCGCUGUGCCACCUGGAGAUGUGCUAAGAUGUACCAUGCAUGGCUACUCAUGCAUUUUAAAGCCGGGGAUGAAUUAUUAAGAGAGUGGAUGAAUCAAUCUAAACCACGCUUGCGUUUGAUGUCUCACCCCUGUGCAUUUCUCGUUUUUUUUUUAUUAUCUUGCCUAUCGAGAAAUAAAUGCCUGAAAUCAAACAGAAUGAGAAU